GACACCAGGCCAGACAGCCAAGUGCUCCAGGUCUUUUCCUUGCAGCUACUCGAAUGCGUCUGGUUCUCUUUUUAGUGACUGACUGCGGACGUCUUCUUCCACCCCCAUCAGCACCUCCCCUGCCCUUCCAGACUCUGAAUGUGGUUCAGAAAAGGGGAAACGGUCCCACAGACCUAGGGCUACAGGAAAGAACCCGCCUCUAGUAAUUUACUUUAAAAAAAAAAAGCCUACGAGGGCUAAAGUCUUUCCCCACACCCUUCUCCUCCCCCUCACCCUUCCUUCCCCUCCUCCUCCUCCAUCUUCUUUGAGCUGCUGAGAUUCUCCUACGUCCAGCCUCUACGCUGAUCCGGAGGAGAAAAGAGCUGUUCUCUGGAAGAUGGCGAGAAGGAGCCGCCACCGCUUUCUCCUCCUGCUGCUGAGCUACCUGGGGGUAGCCCUGGGCUAUCACAAUGUAUAUGGAUUCUCUACCCCAAGAAACCAUCAAGUUGUUACAGCAAUAGAGUUUCAAGAAGCCAUUUUAUCCUGUAAGUACCAAAAGAAAACAUCUCCUUCAAGAUUAGAAUGGAAGAAACUUGGACCCAGUGUCUCCUUUGUCUAUUAUCAGCAAGCUUUUCAAGGUGAUCUUAAGGAUAGAGCUGAGAUGCUCAAUUUCAGCAUCAGAAUUAAAAAUGUGACUAGAAAGGAUGCUGGACAGUAUCGCUGUGAAGUUAGUGUACCAUCUGAUCAAGGCCAAAACCUUGAAGAGGAUGUUAUUGCUCUGGAAGUAUUAGUGGCACCCGGUGUUCCAUUAUGUGAAGUCCCCAGCUCAGCUCUGAGUGGAACUGUAGUAGAACUAAGAUGUCAAGAUAAAGAAGGUUUUCCAGCUCCUGAGUACACAUGGUUCAAGAAUGGUGUUCAUUUACUAGAAAAUCCCAAAAGUGGCCACAAAAUCACCAACAUCUCUUACACAAUGAAUAGAAAAACUGGGACUCUGCAAUUUAACAGUGUUUCAAAACUUGACACUGGGGAGUAUUUUUGUGAAGCUCGCAAUUCAGUUGGAUAUCACAAGUGUCCUGGGAAACAAAUGCAAGUUGAUGACCUAAAUAUAACUGGUAUCUUAGGAGCUGUAAUAACUGUGGCCUUAUUGAUUUUAUUUUGUGGCCUUGGAGCUUGCUAUGCUCAGAAGAAAGGUUACUUUGCAAGAAGAACAAUUCAGACUCUAAAGCUGCUAAAAUGAGUGAAUGUGAUUUCAAGCACACAAAGUCCUUUGUAAUUUAGAAGACUUCUUACUUUGAGAUAUACCCAAACCACUGUUUGUUAAAACAAAUUAUUAAAAAUGAUUUUAAAAAACUGUGCUUUGUCUUACAUUUAACAAAAGCUACAUAAUGAAAGCAGAGAGAUAAUUUUGGUUAAAAUUUUAUCAUGAUUUCUAUAGUAUUUGAAACACAACAUUUUAAAAGAAUAAUCAAUCUUAAGCACUUAACAUACUGAAUUCUGUUUUUUGUUGUUGUUGUUGUUGUUUGGGGUUCUUGUCUUGUUAGUUACCAAUAUCAUAAUGUCCUUGUAUGUACGCAUUUCUAUAUUUCUUUCUAGUAUUUCUGUCUUAUUUGGCAGCUUAGGUAUCUUCUUACUACUACCACUAUUUCAGAAAGAAAACAUUUCAAAAGCUUACACUGAAAACCAAAUUGUUCUAUGGUAUAAGAAAACAUCAGCCUAACAUACCUGCUUUGUAGGCACUCAGGAUGGGGGGUUCAGAACACACUCUGAAACAAAGAGCCUAUUUGAACAUAUAACUGCCCAAAUCCUGUUUUUCUAUCCCCAAGACAAACCUUGUUCACCCACAUGAGGGAAUUCAUAUAGAAAUACAUUUGAAUAAAUUCCACACACUUUGUUUUUGUUUCUCUUUGGCAUAACGGAAAGUAACCUUCAGGAAAGGAAGAAUGUGUGUUGUGUAUGAUGCCCUUCGCACGGCUUGAAGCAAUAGAGACAACAGUUAGGAUAUGCCUGGUUUCAAAUCCCAGUCUGGCACUUGUUGACUGUCGGCAAGUCUUUUUGAGCCUCAGUCUUCAUAUCUCUCAAUUUGGAGAUAAGAACAUCUGCAUUAUUUAUCUCAUAGGGUUGUUGUAAAGAUCAAAUGAGAUAAUAUUUGGAAGGCACUUUACAAA